AUGUCUUCCCAGCCGAACCCCCUCCGCGGCAUCCAUGCCUCAACCGUCUUCGUCAACACGGCGAUUGCCGGGCUGAACCUGAGUCUCUCGGUCUUCGUCGUUCCCCGCCUGCUCGAGUCGCCGACCCCACUCAUGCUGCGCCAGUGGUCCAGCAUGUUCGCGCGCAUCACCCGCGUCUUCCCGCUGCCGGUUCUCACCUGCGCCCUGAGCUACUGGUACAUGGCCUACCAGACCGCUGCGCAUCACCACCUGCCUGGCACCGCCGGCAAGUCGAGGCUGUUGGCGGUCGCCGGCGCCCUCUGCUUCGCCAUCGUGCCGUGGACCAAGUUCCUCAUGGUCAACAUCAACAGGGAGCUGCUGAGGAGGGCCGAGGGGACAAGGGACAUGGGCAUCAUGGCCGUCGGAAUGACCCACGAGGAGCAGGAGGGCGCCAAGUCGCUGGUCGACCGCUGGGGGCUGUAUAACCUGGGGAGGAGCAUCGCCCUCGGCCUCGGCGGCGCUGUGGGGCUGUAUACCAUUGUCUCGUCAUGA